ACCGCGCCGCCCGCCACCGUCCGGGCCCGCCGUUCUCCGCCGUCCAGCGCACGUAGGGCCCGCGCCGUCAUGUCUUCGCCUCCAGCAGGGAAGCUGGAGACCAAAGGCGGACACCUGCCGGCCGUGAAAGCUGGCGGCAUGCGAAUUGUGCAGAAGCACCCCCAUGCUGGAGAUGCGAAGGAAGAGAAAGACAAGGACGACCAGGAGUGUGAGAACACCAGCCCACCGAAACCGACAGUGUUCAUUUCUGGUGUCAUUGCCCGGGGUGACAAAGACUUUCCCCCGGCAGCCGCGCAGGUGGCUCACCAGAAGCCACAUGCCUCCAUGGACAAACAUGCCUCCCCAAGAACCCAGCACAUCCAACAGCCUCGCAAGUGAACCAAGACACCCAGAUCCCCUCACCCUUAGCAGCAGUGCCCCAACUCGGAUGCUUCCCUGACCAAAAGAACUGGCAUGUUCUGCAAAAUACUGCUCAGUGGAGAAACCAAAGACAAAGCAAAGUGCUGUCUUUUCUCCUAAACUUCCGUAUUUAAAGUAGAAAAGACUCAAACCCCAAACUUUGUUUCUGGGAGUCCUGAUUGAGCAUCUUAAAGCUCAUUGCCUUCUUCCCCCCAGAAGUUCCAUUAGAGGAACUUGACAAGCCCUGAGUAAAAGGAAGUCCUUCACACUGUACCUUUAGUUUUCUCUCAGCUGUCACCAAAGUCCUUGCCUGUGGCCUUAACACAAGGCCACAAAUUUGGGAGAUGUGGUUAGGUUAGGGAAGCUGCUGGUCCUUCACAUUUGUAGCAAUUGGACAGUCCCAGUGCCUGCAGCACAGGAGGAAGGGGGACCCAAGGUGGCCGUGCAGAGCAGGGGUGGCUCGAGCAGGCCAGGGAUGGGCGUUUCCCUCCUCACUGUGACAAGUGAGCUCAGCUCCAGGGACAAAGCAUGAGCUUUGCAGGGCCUUCCUCUCCAGGAACCAUGGAUCUGGAAACCAAGGGGGUCGUGCCUCUCUCAACCUAGGGGCCAGCAGGUUCCCGGGAGAGCCAGAAACCCUGUUUUCAAGUACUCAUCUCUAGAGCUGCUUUUGCAUUCUGGAAGUGACUACUGACCAGGGUGGAGGACUGAGAUUGUUUGGGGCUGAAAGCACGACAAGACAGGACCUGUGCCUUGCCUCCCCAGGGGCCCGAAAUGUUCACUGCACUUGGCUAGGAAGAGCUGCUUGUGGGUUAGUGCUCCUAGCAUUCCCCUGCUACCCGCUGGGCCCAUCUCCACCUGAGCGUGCCAGUUCAACUUCUGAAUGCACCUCUGCCCUAGCUUACCCUACCCUGUGUGUUUGAGGCCACUGCAUGCCUUUUCUGAAAAGCCAAAGCUACUUUAGAACCUUCUGGGGUGCUGCUUAUGGAGAGGUUGCCCAUCCUCACGCUUGCCCACAGUGGUGUCUGCUGCAGGACAGUGGUGCUGUGAGCAGCGUCCACCCCCAGCCAUCCGGGUACCUGCUCCAGGCCUGUGAGCCAGCUUGCUUAGGAGGAUAGGCCUCCUCACAGUUCAUAGACCACGCUAGGAGCCCAGCAAAUGCAUUCACAGGAAGUAAGUCCAUAGAUCUCGGGGCCCGCGUUGUUAGUCUCAUAUUUCUUUCAUUGAAACAUUAGUAUGAACUAAGAAGAGUGGCUUUGGAAACCCAGGCUUGCAGCCUCACUGCCCAUUUUAUGAAACCAAGUGCAGGAAAGGACCUUGGCAACAGGCAGCUCCAGGUCCACUUGUGCCGGCCAUGCACUGCAGAAAUCAAGCACCUGCCGUCCCUCUUGUCUGGAACCAGAGCCGCUCCUGAGGUGGCGCGGGCCGCAUGCUCUCAGCUAGCUUGGUCGCGCUCUGGGCUCCAGAGCACUGCACGCAGACUGGGCCCCUGGUGUUUCUGAAUCGUUGGCUUCAAGAAUAAUGGUGAUUAUAAUAAAGCUUCUGCGCUUA